GAUCUUUAUCUUUAAACAGCAGCUACAUAAAAUGGAUGUAUUUGUUCCUGAAGAGUACUUCAUACGGCGGAGAAUGGAGAAGAGGGUGGCGGCAGCUGCGGCUGCUGCAGCUUCUGGGAAGGAGUCGGACGUGGCAGGGGAGUCCAGCAAGAGAGUGAAGAAUGAGAAGAAGUCCUGGGUGCAGACAGUUCAGGAGGGCAAUGUGGUGUCUGGUGGUGCUGGCAUUGGUGAACAUUUUGUGUUUAGUUGCAUGUCAGCCUGAGCCCUGAUGUUUAAUUAGUUCAGCCUGAGUGAGUAAAACUUUGUUUAUGAA